GAUGCUGGAGCAGGGAGUGGACAGGAUCGUGACUCAGGUCGUCGAUCCAAAGGUCCAUCACACCUUUCGGCCGCAGGUGGAGCGCGUCGUCCGGAAGUUUCUGUCUCCAAACGGCCACAUGGAGGAGGACGAACUUCCUCCUGUAGCUCCGCCCCUUCCUGCAGAAAACCAGGAAGCGGAACUGCUGACCGCAGACUGCGGAAAUGAUGCCGCUGGGAGCUCCGGCGCUGAUGUCCAGAUCCCAGAGACCAGCGGCACUGACCACGAUCACAGCGAGGAGGAGAUGGACAUCAGCCUCACCGAGGAGGAGCCGCUCGCCGCGGAGACGAAGGAGGAGCCGGAGGAGGAGCAGCCUGGGAAAGAGGAAGAGGAGGAGAGGAGUGCAGAGAUGGAAGUGGAGAUGGAGGAGGUGAAGGACGAGGGAGACGCGGGGAACAGCAGUAAAUCCUCAGGGAAGAUCCGAGAGGAGAACCGUGACUCUGACUCCCAGAAACCCUCCAGCGUCAAACAGAGGACUAGAGAGCGACUGAGAGAAG